UCUGAAACUCAAAGCUAGCUGUACGUGCAUUGUUACUCGAUCUAGUCAAGAAAUUCACUCUUUCUGAAGCACCGUAGUCACUGACAUUAUGGGUAGAAGUAGGUCCAGAUCACCUAAGAGAAGAGAGAGGAGACGUUCAAGGUCACUUUCACCCAGAGAUCGAGAUAGAGACCUAGAUAAGCGCAGGAGAUUCACAGAGAGACGUCGUUCUCACUCCAGAUCCAGAUCACCUGUACGGAGGUUUAGGAGAUCAAGGUCAAGAUCCAGAUCACCUCGGAGGAGAAGGUCCCGCACUCCAUCACCAAGGAGGAGAAGGAGAAGCGAAACUCCAGAAAAGCCCGGGCCUAGUGGAGGAAAGCAGGAAGCAGAAAUGCCAGAAAUUGAUGAGAAACAGUUGGAGGACAUGACAGAGGAUGAGAUUGAGAUGAUGAAGGUGAUGGGUUUUGCUGCCUUUGAUACAACCAAGGGUAAACGUGUGGAUGGAGCAAAUAAUGCAUUUGCUGCUAAUAUACAAACCAAGAGGAAGUAUAGGCAAUACAUGAACAGGAGAGGAGGCUUCAACAGACCUCUAGAUUUCAUCGCUUAGAAUUUCUCAUGAACUCAAUCAUUUAAAAGUGAGUGGUGAAGGAGUACCCAGGUUCACUACAUCCCAACUCACUCGCAAGAGACUUGUCAUAUUUGCACAAACAGUGCAUGUAGCCUUCAGAGAUGUGGGAUACUUACUGGCCUCUGCAGGACUACCGUUCACUUGGGAUUGCUCAAAGAACAUCAAACAUUUUUGUGCAGAGGAAAGUCUCUUCUAUUAGGAUUUUUACUUCAAGUCGUUGACCUGUCGGUCUUAAUCUUGAACAAGUAUUCUGGAUGACCGAUACUCCCGAUCGGUGGCAAGGUACCCCGUGUGAUAUCCUGAUCCUGUCUUAAGAAUGUACCACUGUAAAUAUAGUUGUAUACUCUUGCAGUCACUGUUAUAUCUCCGCAAUUCCCUGAUGUCAUUGUCUAGAGUAUGUGAUUUAUUAAAGCACAUGUUCUUUGUUCCUUUUAUUUAUUCAUAAAAGAAAAGAAGUAGAGCAGAGCAAGAAAUCACUAUGGUUUGAAAACGGCAGGGCUGGUCUCUGCCUCUUAAACCAGCCCAUUAAAAUAGAAAAAGAAAGGUAAAUUACAUUAAAUUAAAUUUGUAGGAAGGGACAAAGUAUUUCCGUUUCAGAUUAUUGGUCUGAAAGUUGUGGAAUUUGGUUGGUACAGUUUUCACACCACAAAAUAAAAGCUCCCAUGGUGUUCCCAUUUUUUCUAUCACUUUCAAUCAAGCAAUUCGGCUCGACAGUUUAACCCAGUAAUUUUCUACAUGAUACUAUAUAAAUUGUAAUCAGUCCUUUCUGAACUAGAAUUGUUUAGACAGUUUUUUUUGUUUAAUGUCUAAUAUGUGGACUAUGUUUAGUAGUUAAUUUUUUACUUAGCAAAGUGAAUAAAGUGUGAUGCAAUGAAGACCCUGCAGACCUCUCUUGAAGCAUGUGCCAACUAAUGUGCAAAUGUUAUGAGAGUGACUCUGUAUUGAUUUUUGAAUCAUAAUAAUAAUAAAUAAUAAUAAAAACGUUACUUAUAAAGCGCUUACCACCAAAGUCUCUAAGCGCUAUACACACAAAAUAGACUGAUAUUCAUAUUCAUGAAUGUUACCUGAUAUUUUAUAAGCUGUUGUACAGUAUAAGAAAUUUGAAGAUACUCUACACAUUUACAUACCGUAGCUAUUCUAAUCUCUAACGAGCUGAAGACCUUAAUGAGUAUAUCUUGUCAUUAAUUGGUCAAACAAUUGUUGGUCCCAAGUAAAGUUAUCCCUAACCCUAUACAUUGACUGCUAUCGAACACUGUGUAGAUAAAGAACUAUGAUAAGCGUGUGGCUAGAACUUGCAGGGGACAAGUCAGGCUUUCUUACAGAAAGAGGAGUUAAGUUCCCUCCCUCAAAUUUUAUGUACUGUAAGCUGUAUCAUAAAAUGGGUUGCUCAAAUCUCAAAGCUAUAAAAUUUACUGUUGCCCACACACAGUCAUAUUCCAUACUCAGCCGAAAAUCUGAAUUUACAGACUUUUAUCCGUACUGAGAUUGGAGUACAACGGAGUCGUUUUUUAUAUUGUAUAGUAUACAAUUGUGCUGAAUGUCAAGUUCAUGUAAAUGCUACCUGUAUUGGUUUUGAUAAAGAUAUUGCUCCUUCAGUUUUGCAAUUCUAAGCAGUCUCUUUAGUCUCUUUGAUCUCUCUAGCUAAAAUAAUUUUAUAUCUUCAAAAAAGAAAAGAUUUAUAGACAAACAAUAGGUGGGUCCUUAAGAAUGUUUUGCCAUUGUAUAAAACUGUUAAUUUUCAUGUUUCUUUACGUGUACAGUCUAUGACAUGUUUUUAUUUUAUUUUUCCUUUUUCCUUUUUUAUACAAUAUCAUUAUUAUUUCCAACUUAGAAAUGUAUUGCCCUGCAUAUACAGAUUCUUGUAAUGGAAAUCUGCAUAUGUACAUGUAUGAGGUUAUGCGAGUAAAUAUUUGUUUUUUCCAGUGAA